UCUCCCUCACCCUCUCUCUCUCUCUCUCUCCCCCGAAUCACACACACGGGCAGGCAGGGGCUCCGUCUCCUCUUCCCCAUCGCCUCACCUACGAGUGAUAGGCGCGCGCUCCCUCUCUCUCACUAGCCCCUCGCCAUUACUCCCCCAUAAAGGAAGAACAGAGCAAACGGAGAGGAAGAAGCGGGCCGGAGAAAGAGGAGGCCCCUCACAGCUCUGAGACUCUCUGCAACUCCGGCUCGCCGCCUGCCUGCCUCCCUCUGCCAACCGCGCGGCGCGGCCACCACGCUAGCCCCUCGUAGGUGAACAGAGCCUGCAGACUGCAGUCGAUAGCACAGUAAAUUCCGCGGCAUUCCAUUCCUCUUCCCUUUCGAAACGCACCCUGCAUUUACUCCUCCACGUCGCUCGCCUCGCCUUCCGUCCGGAGCACCCGCGAUCUCCAAAUCUUUCCCCUGUCAAAAGCGGCCGGAGACACAGACGGGAAGGCCGGGCGUUUCAGGAUGGCGCGCGAGCAGCUGGAGGAGUCCAUCGUGGCCGACGGCAACGGCAAGGAGGAAGAGGUCGGGGUCAUGGGCAUCGGCGCCGCGGACGGCGCCGACGACCAGCACGGCCGCGGCGGCGGCGGCAAGCUCAGCAUGACGAGCCUGCUGUGGCACGGCGGCUCUGUCUGGGACGCAUGGUUCAGCUGCGCCUCCAACCAGGUGGCGCAGGUGCUCCUCACGCUGCCGUACUCCUUCUCGCAGCUGGGGAUGCUGUCCGGCAUCCUGCUGCAGAUCUUCUACGGCUUCUUGGGCAGCUGGACCGCCUACCUCAUCAGUGUCCUCUACGUCGAGUACCGCUCCCGCAAGGAGAAGGAAGGCGUCAGCUUCAAGAACCACGUCAUCCAGUGGUUCGAAGUGCUGGACGGGCUGCUGGGCCCCUACUGGAAGGCGGCCGGUCUGGCCUUCAACUGCACGUUCCUGCUCUUCGGCUCCGUCAUCCAGCUGAUCGCCUGCGCGAGCAACAUCUACUACAUCAACGACCGGCUGGACAAGCGGACAUGGACGUACAUCUUCGGCGCCUGCUGCGCCACAACGGUGUUCAUCCCCUCCUUCCACAACUACCGGAUCUGGUCCUUCCUGGGGCUCGGCAUGACCACCUACACCGCGUGGUACCUCGCCAUCGCCGCGCUCAUCAACGGCCAGGUCGAAGGCGUGGAGCACACCGGCCCGACCAAGCUCGUGCUCUACUUCACCGGCGCCACCAACAUCCUCUACACCUUCGGCGGCCACGCCGUCACAGUGGAGAUCAUGCACGCGAUGUGGAAGCCCGCCAAGUUCAAGUACAUCUACCUGCUGGCGACGCUGUACGUGUUCACGCUGACGCUGCCGUCUGCUGCGGCCAUGUACUGGGCGUUCGGCGACGAGCUGCUGACCCACUCGAACGCCUUCUCGCUGCUGCCCAAGACCGGGUGGCGCGACGCGGCGGUGAUCCUGAUGCUGAUCCACCAGUUCAUCACGUUCGGGUUCGCGUGCACGCCGCUCUACUUCGUGUGGGAGAAGGUGAUCGGGAUGCACGACACCAAGAGCAUCUUCAAGCGCGCGCUGGCGCGGCUGCCCAUCGUGGUGCCCAUCUGGUUCCUGGCCAUCAUCUUCCCCUUCUUCGGGCCCAUCAACUCCGCCGUCGGCGCGCUGCUCGUCAGCUUCACCGUCUACAUCAUCCCGGCGCUGGCGCACAUCCUCACCUACCGCACGGCGUCCGCGCGCAUGAAUGCCGCGGAGAAGCCACCGUUCUUCCUGCCGAGCUGGACGGGGAUGUUCGUGCUCAACAUGUUCAUCGUGGUGUGGGUGCUGGUGGUCGGCUUCGGGCUCGGCGGCUGGGCCAGCAUGGUCAACUUCAUCAGGCAGAUCGACACGUUCGGGCUGUUCGCCAAGUGCUACCAGUGCCCCAAGCCGCCGGUGCCGGCGGCCGCGCAGUCACCGGCGCCGUUGCCGCACCACUAGAGCGCCGGCUGGAGGCGAGGCAAAGAGCACCACGCCACCCCCACACAGUCUCCCGCGGCCGGCGCGUCGCUUGCUUGUUAAUUUCUAGGUUUUGGUCGCCUUGUAAUAUACAAGCCUCCUCUUCUCCCUCCCCUACUAGGGUAGUAGAACUCGAUCAGCAGCAGAGUCACGCAAGGCCGCCGGCUCGUUCCCCGUCGUCCCUGCCAUCAGAAGAUCUCACCUCGCGUUGCUUUCGCACCACCCCGCCCGCCUCCGAUCGAUCGGUCCGUCGCCAUUGGUGUCGUUUUGUUUUUUGUUUGGCUUGCCACCAGUAUUAAGUGUGAGUGAUGGUCAUGGCGUAUAAGGCUCGCUAGCUCGCUCUCGGCUCGUGAUGUGAGAGCGAGCGGGAGAGUGACGAUUCCAUAAUCCAUAUGAUAUGACAUACAUAUCCUAUAGGGUUUCAUUAUUAGUUAAUUUUUUUUCUUUCUCUCUCUCUCUCUCUCUCUCUCUCUCUCUCUCUCUCUUCUUCGGUUCUUCCUCCCUUGAUUCAUGGAGGUCGGUCCAUGUUGUGUAGCGUGUGGGUAAUUGUAAUGGACUGGACGAUUCCUCGUGCUAGCUAAAGGCAAAACACAGUGGCCUUUGUUUAUUGCC